CUCUUGUAACCAGCCAACAGACGGUGAGCGCGUCUGCACGCUCCAGUCACCGAUAGGCUCGUAUUGGUCACAUGCGCUCUUCCUUAUUCCACUGAGGACUUGCUUUAUAGCCUUCAGCCCCCAUACAGUGAGCGAUCAAACAGAAUCACAGGACUACUGCUCGUCUUCGAUCGGCUUGUCUCAUCUUUGUUUUAAGCUGGGACCGGAAAAUGGGGAGAUUUCAGCGGUUUUUCUGAAGCUUCUGCUGAAUCUUACUGACAUCCUGAACGUUUCAACUGGUGUUUGGAUUCUGACACGAUGUCAGGAUUUUGGACAGAGACAGGGUGGUGUGCUUUCAUUUCAGCGUGAUUUUUUUUUCUCCCACUCAGAUGAUUCAACAGCCUGAGCGAAGUGAAUAAUCUCACAGCUGAAGUGUUUUAUUGCUUUAAACUUUUAGCUUUUAAAUGUCACUAAAGAUGAAUGAAUGGAAAGGAUCCAGAGAACAUGGUUUUCAAUGAUGACACCUUGUUUUUCAUUUUUUCCAAACGCAGCGCUUCACAUUCUAACGCUAAAGCUGUUGGUUUGGAUGAAGUGUGUUUGUUGUGAUGCGUCUAUCCUCCGUUUCCACUGACACCAGUUUGGAUUUUUCCUUUUGGAUCUGUGCGUUUCCAGAAUGGCUCGCUUCGCAGAAGAUCUACCCACCCGCUAUGGAGGAAGCGCAGCCGGCGGAGGGAGAGGAGGACCACCGGGCGCUGGGCGAGGGGGAGCCCGGGGUGGUGGCGCUCCGGGUGGCCAGAGGGUGUACAAGCAGUCGAUGGCCCAGAGAGCCCGGACUAUGGCCAUUUACAACCCGAACCCUGUCAAACAAAACUGCCUCACUGUCAACCGCUCCCUCUUCAUCUUCCGUGAGGACAAUCUCAUCAGGAAGUAUGCCAAGCGAAUAACAGAGUGGCCAUAUCCUUUCUGA